AUGACGGUGGCAAACAGAGUGGAAGAUGUGAAAGAACUCGUGCAAAGUCGAGGGAAACUAAGAGAAGACGAUGAGAUCGCUUUGAAGGUUACUGUGGAUCUUAUUGUUCGUGCCUUCGUGGAGAACUCUCGACAGUUACAGGAUAUAGAACGCAGAGUAAGGAGUGGUACGAAUACCGAGCCCAGAGCGGUUGUGGGGGCCUCCCUGUUUGCUGGACCGCUGCCUAAAUGCGGCCAUCAUCAUCAUAACGAGUCCACUUCUCCUGCUGGUGCUGAGGACCUGAUCGGAGAUAAGAUCGACGAGUUAUUAUCCCCAUCCAGUCUACAUGAUAUGGUCCCUACUAUUAUAAAGACCUCUACUACAGUCUAUAAUAAGGUUGUCAAUAGAGCUAAGGAAGAAGGAGAGGAGAUGCCUGAGAAUGUGAAGUCCUAUGUUCGGCGGGAAUGUCUAAUGAACUCGGCAAAGCAAGAGAUAGUAGCAAGAGCGAGAAAGUGGCUGCAAGGUCGUAAUCAAUCGUCUUCUACUGAAGGUGGGACGUAUGCCAACCCUUUAGCAUUGAAGCGCUCUCCGGUAUGUGAGGUGGAUGGCACCCAUCCACUUGAUCGCCUCAACUCGGCCACGAUAGAGUCGUUGAUGAGGAACGGCUGGGCUGUACAGGAUGGAUGGAAGUAA